UCUGAGAAAAAUAAAAAAAGUUAAAUAAAAAUUAAAAUAAAUUCGGUUUCUUUCUCGGUCGUUUGUGUAAUUUUCCCGGCAACGGAAGGAGGAGGAGGAAGAGUGUAAGCAAUAAACUCCCCUUCUUCUACGAAACAGAAACAUACCAUCUCUCUCUCUCUCUCUCUCUCUCUUUGCUUCUCCGAUUCUCCUCCUGUUUACUUUGAUCGUCUUCUUCUCCAAAGCUUUCUUCUUUUUUUUUUUUGUUCAUGGUUUCCUCCAUCUCAGUUGGUGGUGACUCCAAAAAGAUGGAGGUAGAACCAAAGGAAUCACUCUCUGCUGCUGAUUUAGACAUGCCAUCUUUGGAGCUUAGAUCAACUGAAACUUUUAAUGGAGGCAGUGCAAGUGAUCUGAGCAUGUUCUCUAGCUCAUUACCUACACUUCUUCAUGAAAAGCUGAACAUGACUGAUUCAGAUAGCUGGCUCUCACUUGAUGAUAAACUUGGCGUAGGAAACUCAGAGAAUGAUUCUUUGGAAGAUGUUGAACCUGAUUCUUUAGAGACCUUGCUUCCUGAAGAUGAGAAUGAGCUCCUUCCCGGCCUCAUUGACGAGCUUAAUUUCAACGGGCUGCCUGAUGAACUCGAAGACUGUGAUGUUUUCUGUACUGGAGGGGGUAUGGAGUUGGAUGUUGAAUCCCAAGAUAACCAUGCUGCAAAUGCAUUUGCUUCUCGUAAAUGCCCCAAUACAUCAGGCAGAGUUUCAGUAGAACAUCCAAACGGUGAGCAUCCUUCAAGGACACUCUUUGUAAGGAACAUCAACAGCAGUGUCGAGGAUUCAGAGUUAACCGCUCUCUUUGAGCCGUUUGGGGAGAUCAGGAGUUUGUACACUGCAUGCAAAAGCAGAGGGUUUGUAAUGAUAUCUUACUAUGACAUCCGAGCUUCUCAUGCUGCAAUGCGUGCAUUACAGAACACGCUCUUAAGAAAAAGGACACUGGACAUUCACUUCUCCAUUCCUAAAGAGAAUCCGUCAGAGAAGGACAUGAACCAAGGAACGCUUGUGAUAUUUAAUGUGGACACAACAGUAUCAAACGAUGAGCUUCUUAAGCUGUUUGGUGCCCAUGGUGAAAUAAGAGAGAUUAGAGAAACUCCAAACAGGAGUUUCCACAGGUUCAUUGAGUACUAUGAUGUUAGAGAUGCAGAGUCAGCUCUAAAAGCACUUGACAGAAGCGAGAUUGGUGGUAAAUGUAUAAAGCUCGAACUUAGCCGUCCUGGUGGAGCUCGUCGAGUCUCGGUGCCGUCCACAAGUCAAGAUUUGGACAGAAACGAAGUUGCAAAUUUCUUCAACCAAGUAGCUAAUUCUCCACCUGCAGGUAACUGGCCAGUAGGCAGUCCUCCUUCUCAUGCCUUUCCAAGGCCACACGGUCUAUGUAAUAUGCCUGGAUUGGCUUCGAUUCUCCCUGGCCACCAGCCUUCUCGCUACCAAGGGCUAUUAAACCAUCCAAACCAAACUAUUCUUAAUAAGGGAUUGAUGCACAACGUCGCCUAUGGGCAGCCUCACUCGUUGCCAGAGCAUAUAGGAGGUGGAAUUUCAAACUCCAUGAGGUUUAUAGCUCCACCACACUCUUCAGGGUUUGGGACUUCAUCUGAUAACCGCUAUCGGUGGGGAAGCCCUCCUCAGCAUAUGAACUAUCCUGGUUACACUGAUGCUUCAUCAUCAUCAUCUAAGCAUGGUUUUCCAUUUUCUGAGAGGCAAGGUUCAUUACUUGGGAAGUACCAGCAUCAUGUUGGCUCUGCUCCUUCAAGCAGUCAUUUUAAUAACCAUAUGAUACCAUUUGGAUUUGGGGAUAUGGGAGUCGACAAAAGCUAUCCCAAUGCUCAUGGACAAGCCAACGUUGGUGUGAACUUCACUGGCUCCGGCAUGUCUUUGUUACCAACAGUUCCUUUUGGUGGGAGUAGAGGAUUACAAUCAGUAAGACGUGAACCUUUUGCUGAGGAAGGUAGGAUCACACACUUUGAGACUCAGCUCACAGAUGGUGGGCGGUAUCAUAUUGACUUGGAUAGAAUUGCUACUGGAGAUGAUACUCGGACUACAUUAAUCAUUAAAAACAUCCCAAACAAGUAUACUUACAUGAUGCUGGUGGCUGAGAUUGACGAGAAGCACAAGGGAGACUAUGACUUUCUUUGCUUACCUAUAGAAUUUAAGAAUAAGUGCAACAUGGGUUAUGCUUUUGUCAACAUGGUUUCUCCAUUGCACAUUGUUCCCUUCCAACAGACUUUCAAUGGUAAAGUAUGGGAGAACUUCAACAGUGGGAAAGUUGCUUCAUUGGCAUAUGCAGAGAUACAAGGAAAGUCAGCACUUGCUUCAUACAUGCAGAAUCCAAGUCCUAUGAAGGACGAGAAGCAUCUGUUUCCACAAGUCUCUCACUACAAUGAUGAUGAUGGUCAAGACUCUAAUGAUCAGAAACAGCCCUUUUCAAGCAUUUGGAACAUAACAACGCCUGAUCCAGAUUGGUCUUACACGAACUCAAGGGAGAAUAUUAACUCCAAGAACAUUGUAGAAGAGUCUUCUUAAACCUCAACUAAAACCAGCCAGUAGCUGAGAACUCUAACAACCCUUCAAAGGUAAGUGUACAUAUCGAGCGAUGAUAUGGAAGAAACUUAUGUACAGUAUCAAGACUUGUUCUUCCUCCACGUUAUUAUAUUUAAUUACUUUUAUUUUGGAAAAUUCUCUCUGUCACUAAUGUGUAUAUAUAUAUUAUCCUCUUGCGUGUACAUCCUCCUGUCCAUGUGAACGACAUGAUCAUUGUU